AUGGACAGGUCAUCUACUCCUCGUGCUUCUCAACAGCAACAAAGGCAGCAGGGAAGCAGUAGUAGUAGCACUGAUACCCGUUAUGGCAAUAUAGGAAUCGGACCACGUCGAGGAAAAAAUAGAAGUAGAAGUGGCAGCGAAGAAUUAUCACAAAUCAUUGCUGAAGCACAAGCAGCACAAAGAGCAAGAAAUGAACAAAAGACCCAUUCGAACGGCUUUUGGCCUUUAUCCAAUGGUUUUUCUAGACCUACUUCCGUCACUCCGACACCACACAACUUAAACGGAAAUGGUCAAUUGGAUGAGCAUACAGAAGGAGAGCAAUCGAGGACAACGUCUCCUGGACUACUUUCGUGGGUGCGAAAUGCGAUCAUGCUGGGCCCAUCAGGUCGCACGAUACCUUUUGAUGAGAAUAACGAUACAAACUCUCAAAAGCACCGAUUCUCGCAUACUGAUCCGAUCAAGCGCAAUCAAACGCCUUUGUUACCAGGAACUAUACCUUCCUUCCAUCAUAUCGAUCGACAAAAGAUGUUGGAACCUCCUUUGAUAAUCCGAGAAGGGCCAAGAUCGGAACGAAGUUCAAUCUCUUUCGAUGGCGCUUCGAGCGCAGGUCAUGAUUCUUUAGAAUCAUAUGAUUAUUCUGCAUCUAUUCGAAGAUCGUCCACAGUAUCUUCUGUAAGCACAGAAUCGUCCACUGUUGACUCGUUUCAUCGUACAGCAGGCACAGAUGCUACAAUCAACGACACCGAAGAUGAUGAUUCGGAUCAAGAAGAUAUUUAUGCACCUUUUGCACAAAGACAACAUGGUCCUUCCCUCAUUCGCCCAACGGCAAGGCGUGAGGCAUUAGGAUUCGGCCCGCCCUCUCCUCCCACAACGGCGCCGCAGAACGAAUUCCAAUACCGUACUCCAUCAACGGCACUAGGGCACAAAUAUGGGAUCACAGGAAGCGAACAUAAUCUAAAUAUAUCAGAAGGUGAGUAG